CUUCAUUUCUCCCUGCUGCGCUACAGAUCGGCAACGACAAGUCCCCACCCUCCACUGAACCAGACAGGCAGCUCACCGCUUCACCAACCAAAGACUCCGACAUGGGUGCGGACGAGCAUGGUGCCAAGAAGAAGAAGGAGCGGACGAACGAGUCAUUCAUUGUGGUUCGCCCACCACCUUCAAAAAGCAAUCACCCCUUGAAUCUACAAGUUCAACUGGUUCCUCCAAGCAAUCGUGAAGUCACCCGGUCCUCCAGUGGGCGUCGCUCCAGGGACUCGUCUGUUGGCCCGGAGGAUGACGGCACUUCCGAUGUUCAACUCACGCGCACAAGCUCCAAUCGCUCCGACGUUUCUAUGUAUUCCUCCUAUUCCUCCACAUCAGUCUCUUCCAUGGCUUCUUCAUCCACGACUUCAUCCGGGCGACGGAUGAUCAUCCCACUCUACAACCUACAGGCGCACAAUGUUCUCACGAACGUCAUCGUCGACGCUGGCACAGAUGCGAAGGUCGCAAAAUUCCAGAAACGCGGACUGGAGGUCAUCGGUCUUGCCGUCCUCGAACCCGUCGAGGUGUGGGGAGAGGGCGGCAACCCCGCCCCCCUUGCUGGCCACUCGCCGAACGCCCCGCACUCUUCUCUACCUGAUGAGCACUUUCCGCGUGCGAGUGUUGAUGCCGGGCACCCUCAUCUGACGCCAGAACCCCCCCGCACGCCCACAUCCUCCGCCCUGUCACUCACUUCGGAUGGCACGUCCGAACACCACCUUACCCCUGCCCCUGUGACCCCUACUCCGAACUCGGCGGCGACGACGCCCAGGAAUACACCCGGCGCGAGGAAGUUCUUCGGCAAACUGUUCAAACGCAGGGGCGACUCACCCCUCUCCUCCCCUACCUUCCCGCCAUCUCCGCUCCCACCCAUCAGCGCCCAACCUCCCUCGCCGGCGCAACCUACCACACCCCUUCCAUCUGCUUCUCUUGACGGCUCGCGUGUUUCUCGGCGGUCGUCGCUUCUUCUCAACAACUCUUUGAGUAUUCCGGGACAUUCUCCAUCCGUGUCUGUAUCAGAACCGCCAGCGACCAGUGCGCGGGAAAACGUCGUCCUCCAGCCUCCAGUGCUGGGCAUUCAGCCAACACUUAGUUCACCCUCUAACCCUCCUCGUGGUCGCCCGACAAAGUACGUAUGGGUCGUACGGAAAUGGCUCAAGGGAACUCCGGAGUCGCUCCUCAGCGGCGUUAAAGGCAAGUUCAACGACGCGCGCGGUGGCAACCCCCACGCAAGUGCGAUCGAGAGCAUGGUUGAGGUCCGUUUCGAGUGGACGCGAGGCAAGAGCGGCAAGAAGCGUCGAUCAUCGCGGCGCGACACCGCAGAGGACGGCGCCGACCGGACGCGUACGAAACGCCACAGUCUCGCGCUCUCGUCCGCAGCACAGUCUCAGACGUCGCUGCAUCAGCAGCCACCGCAGGUGCUCGUUUCCGAUCCCCCGCAGGCGAAGAAACGGGUGCCGUCCGCGUCAGCCGCCGAGGCGCAUGCGCGCCGGUCGAUAGACUCGCAUCGCUCCACCUCGCCACACGCUAGUACGACCACCGCAUCGGAUGAGGACCACCGGAAAGCGUCACCCUCGAUCGAAGACGCCGGGGAUGAGAGCGACCCGGAGGACUCGGAGACGCCGUGGACGUGCACGCUCGUUGUCCGCCGCCUUUCCCCCUCGCGGCUACCCCCGCCUGGCUCCCCCCUUCCCCACGCGGGCGCUACUUCCAGCGGCGCGGGCUCAAGCACGGUACGCGUGAAGGUUGCGGGCGUCGUCCCUACCCCGCAUCACCCAAAGGUGGUCGCGUUGUUGAAAGUGCCAUUCCCCCUUCCGGACGUCGAGAUUGAGCACAUGAACGUGCGCAAGCGGAUCAUCACGCCUGCGGGCGUCGCGCGCCCGGCGACAUCAUCUGGAGACCACUCGGCGCACGGCAACGGCUCUGCGGGCGCGCUGAACGGGAAACAGCCCGGGUCGGGCAUGAAGAACCUGUUCGGCAGCGGGAAGGAGCACCCAGGUGGCGGCGCGGGCGCGUACCCAGAGGGCCUGAUGCUCUCCGCGGAGGAGAUCAAGGACAUCGUGUCGAGCACGGGCCUGUGGCUCGUCGUACGCGAGGGCUUUGGUGGCGUCGGGCGGGAUCGCAGGAAGGGCGAUGGGUGGCGGCUUCGCGGAUGA